GUCUCCUAAACGUCCGGCAGUAACCGACACAGUUCGGUUCAACAGAAGAAGAAAAAGAAACAGACGCACGGCUAAUGAGAGUUAGCUUCUGGAGCUGAAUAUGGCUGCUGUGCUCCCCGUCAGACCGCCGUGCGAUAGCAACCCCGCUACUCCGGGAGCACAAUCCAUAAAGGAGGAUGUAAUAGAAGAAGAGUCCAAUGAUGGCAGCCAGCCUCCGAAGAGAAGGAGAAUGGGUUCAGGGGACAGCUCUCGAAGCUGUGACACCUCCAGUCAAGACCUUGGUCCCACAUAUUUUCCUGCUGAAAACCUGACAGAGUACAAGUGGCCCCCAGAUGACACAGGAGAGUACUACAUGCUGCAGGAGCAGGUUAGCGAGUAUUUGGGAGUCACAUCAUUCAAGAGGAAGUAUCCUGACAUGGAGAGGAGAGACUUGUCCCACAAAGAGAAGCUCUACCUUCGUGAACAGAACGUCAUCACUGAAACACAGUGCACUCUGGGUCUGACUGCUCUGCGGAGUGAUGAGGUGAUAGACCUGAUGAUAAAGGAGUAUCCCACCAAACACUCAGAGUAUUCAGUCAUACUGCAGGAGAGGGAGCGGCAGAGAAUAGCAAAGGAGUAUUCUCAAAUGCAGCAGCAGAACCCUCAAAAGGUGGAGGCCAGCAAGGUCCCUGAGUACAUUAAGAAAGCAGCAAAAAAAGCUGCGGAGUUCAACAGUAACUUCAACAGGGAACGUAUGGAAGAGAGGCGCGCUUACUUUGACCUCCAGACACACAUUAUCCAGGUGCCUCAGGGUAGGUUCAAGGUACUGGCUCCAGAGCUAACCCAAACAGGGCCUUACCCUGUGGCUCUCAUACCAGGACAGUUCCAGGACUACUACAAAAGGUACUCUCCCAACGAGCUGCGAUACUUGCCGCUGAACACAGCUCUGUUUGAGCCUCCACUGGAUCCAGAGCUCCCUGCACUGGACUCUGAGCCUGACUCAGACGAUGCAGAGGAUGGCAAGGAAGACAAGAAGAACAAGAACUCAUCUGACAGCUCUUCAGGCAACACAUCAGAUGUGGAAAGCCAGGAGGGAGGAGGUGGACAGGGCCACAAAUCCAAGGCCAAAGACAGGAUGUCAACGGGCAAAGACGGCAACCCUCGUCAUUCUGCCUCCCACAAAGCCACCCCAGGGUACAAGCCUAAGGUCAUUCCCAAUGCUAUAUGUGGCAUUUGCCAGAAGGGUAAAGAGGCCAACAGGAAAGGCAAACCAGAGGCUCUCAUUCACUGCUCCCAAUGUGAUAACAGCGGACACCCGUCCUGCUUGGACAUGAGCGAGGAGCUGGUGCGCGUGAUCCAGACGUACCGCUGGCAGUGCAUGGAGUGUAAGACGUGCACGGUGUGCCAGCAGCCCCACCACGAGGACGAGAUGAUGUUCUGUGACAAGUGCGACCGUGGGUACCACACAUUCUGCGUGGGCAUGGACUCCAUACCUACAGGUCUUUGGGUGUGUGAAGUUUGUGACAAAGAUUUCAACACACCCAAGAAGAAAGGAGGAACCAAAACCCCUAAGAAGUCCAAGUCUGCUCACAAAUGAUCAACAACUACAUUAACCAUAAAACCUUGACCAAAUUCUGCAGAAGUGUCCAAUAUUUAGCCAGUCACAGAAGCUGUAAAACAUCAGAUAAUUGAAAACGUGCUGUUGGAAAAUGAUAAUUGUAGAAGCCGAGUUUGUGGUGAGGUCAGGCUGAUUAUUUUACUAUUAUUUCACAUAUGUAAGCCAAACAUUUACUUUGUGUAUGUGAUUUUGCAGCUAAUGUUCAUCCAGAUUAGGCAUUCAUUUCAGAAGAUAAACUGUGUCAGACUCAUUCAUAAAUAUGAAUACAGCUAAUCUGUAAAAUAAAAUCCAACCGGAUGAACUGGACUAGACCCUUUGAACUAACCACUAACAAUAUCAGAACAUUCCAGCUUCAUGAAAGCGGUGGAUUUCUGACUUGAACGUUUCCACGGUGAUCAACUCUUCGCUGUGGAGUAGUUCCAGUUGAACUAAAUGGUGCUUUUAAUCCUGUCAUACUGAAACAAUCAUGGUUUACUAGAACUCGCUGAUGUAGUUCAGUUUCUUUCAGAAUUACUUUUUUUGUAUUUUGUAUUUUGUUACAGUUUGUGUUUAAUGAACUUUUAUUUAAUGAGGCAGGCAAGAGCAAUCUUAUUUAAGCUAGCAAUGACACGGUCCUUCUGAUCCUGUGUAGUGAGAUGUAAUGCACAUCAUGGCUGCUGGUGUUGACAGCUUUUGGGAGUCAGUCUUGAUCAUCUUAAAAGGAGUGUCUCAGCUCCUCACUGUCUCCUCACUGUUAUUGUUGUGCAAAAAUGGAACCACUUGUAAUUACACACUGAAUUGUAAUUACACUGAAACGUCGUUCACAUCGGUUUGAUUAUACUUGUUUGCGAUCAGCUGAAAAUAAUGUUCUCUGUCUAUUUUGUAUUGUCCUGCAAUAAACAGGUACGGAAAGGAAUAUUUGUUUCUGAAAAUGUCAUGGUCACUGAACUGUUUUUUUCAAUAAAAGCUACUUUGAAAAACUG